CGAGCUGAAGAACUGAACGUAGCCCCUGCAGGAAAACAUGUGCUUUGUGGUUGUGGCCGCCCUGCAGAGCCCAGGGCGGUGGAGCAGCCGCGCUCAGCUCAGAUCCUUGACGCCGGUCAGGGGGAGCAGGAGGAGACGCAGCCGGAUUUCGUGGGCACUCGCCGCGGGGUGUCAGCCCAGAAGGUCUUUUUUGGAGACGGGUCUCCAAGAUGAAGUUCCUUGGCGUGGCCCUUCGGGUUCUUCUCGUGGCGGGGGUAGCAGAAGCGUUAGAAGAGCCCCAGCUGUGCUACAUCUUGGAUGGGAUUCUGUUUCUCUAUGGGAUCGCUCUGACUUUCCUCUACUGCCGGCUUAAGUUCCAACAUCGAAAGAAAGCUGACAGCGCAGCUGCUGCUUCUCCCAUCUAUGAGAAAGUGGAAGGCGUCUAUACAGGGCUGGAUGUGCAGCAAAUGCAAACAUAUACCCCGCUUGGUGCUUCAAAACAGCCCCUCCAAGAUCCACCCCCAAGGAAAACCUCCUCCACGGAAUAGACGCCUUUCUUCCUCCGGCUUCUGGACCUAUUUUCCCGGCCCCUGCUCUUUGCCACGAGGAAUUCAACGCCGGGAGUGAAGCAAAAGAUCAGAUGGAUCUUCCGGUAGCCUCUUUUCGGACUCACAAGCGGCCUUCCAGAGCGUCCGCUUUUGGAAAUGCCAAGGGGCAGCCGACGAAGUGAGCUGCGAAAGUGUGUAUGGGGGGGGGGGGUCUGUUCAUGAAAUUGGGGGAUCCGGAAAGGGGUUACCAAACUCCCCCUGUCUUUUUGCUGCUGUAGAGUCACACAGCUUUCUUCCUACCGUCGAGGAGGGGGAAUGUCUCUUUCUCGCUGCGUCCAGGGGUCGUUCCGGGCUUGCACGGCUUCUGCUUUGCUCAGCGCACUCCCUCUCUUUGCUUGCUUAUUCUGGAUGGUGGUUUUUUGGGGAGGGGAGAGUCCAACCCCCCAAAGAUUUCCUUGACGAUGGGAAGGUUCGCCCCACGGGCCGAACCAGCACUCCAUCCGCCAUAGGAUGGUUUGUACAACGCUCAACCUUUGCUUCCGAGCGGCUAAAACCCAGUGUUGUCUGUAUCGCUCGAUUAGGUUUUGCCAGUUUUAAUCCUCUGCCCAGAGCCACUGCCGUGAGAGGGGCAUCUGUAUAAAGUGUUUAAAUAAAGAAAUCAACAAAU